ACGCGCGCCGGCGACCAUGGCGUUCGCCGGGCUGAAGCGAGUGUAUUAACCCCGGGAGGCGGCGGCGGCGGCGGCGGCGGCGUGGGAGCGAGCCUCGAGCGGGCGGGCCCCAGCCUGAGGGAAGGGAGGAAGGGGCGGGGAGAGCGCCGGAGGGAGGCCGGUCGGCCGCGGGCGGGCGGGCAGCGCAGCGCCGAGCGGGGCCCGCGGGCCCAUGAGGAGGCCCGGGGACCAUGGGCUCCAGGAUCAAGCAAAACCCAGAGACCAUGUUUGAAGUGUAUGUUGAAGUGGCCUAUCCUAGGACAGGUGGCACUGUUUCAGAUCCUGAGGUGCAGAGGCAAUUCCCGGAGGACUACAGUGACCAGGAAGUUCUACAGACUUUGACCAAGUUUUGUUUCCCCUUCUAUGUGGACAGCCUCUCAGUUAGCCAAGUUGGCCAGAACUUCACGUUUGUGCUCACUGACAUUGACAGCAAACAGAGAUUCGGGUUCUGCCGCUUAUCUUCAGGAGCCAAGAGUUGCUUCUGUAUCUUAAGCUAUCUCCCCUGGUUCGAAGUAUUUUAUAAGCUGCUUAACAUCUUGGCAGAUUACAGGACAAAAGGACAGGAGAGUCAGUGGAAUGAGCUUCUUGAAACUCUGCACAAACUUCCUAUCCCUGACCCAGGAGUAUCUGUUCAUCUCAGCGUGCAUUCUUAUUUUACUGUGCCUGACACCAGAGAACUUCCCAGCAUCCCUGAGAAUAGAAAUCUGACAGAGUAUUUUGUGGCUGUGGACGUAAACAACAUGCUGCAUCUGUACGCGAGCAUGCUCUGCGAGCGCCGGAUCCUCAUCAUCUGCAGCAAGCUCAGCACUUUGACUGCUUGCAUCCAUGGGUCUGCUGCGAUGCUCUACCCCAUGUUCUGGCAGCACGUGUACAUCCCCGUCCUGCCUCCACAUCUGCUGGACUACUGCUGCGCUCCCAUGCCCUACCUCAUAGGAAUCCAUUUAAGUUUAAUGGAGAAAGUCAGAAACAUGGCCCUGGAUGAUGUCGUGAUUCUGAAUGUGGACACCAACACCCUGGAAACCCCCUUUGAUGACCUCCAGAGCCUCCCGAAUGACGUGAUCUCUUCACUGAAGAACCGGCUGAAGAAGGUCUCCACAACAACUGGCGAUGGUGUGGCCAGAGCCUUCCUCAAGGCCCAGGCCGCUUUCUUCGGCAGCUACCGAAACGCUCUGAAAAUAGAGCCGGAGGAGCCAAUCACCUUCUGCGAGGAAGCCUUCGUGUCCCACUAUCGCUCCGGAGCCAUGAGGCAGUUCCUGCAGAACGCCACACAGCUGCAGCUCUUCAAACAGUUUAUCGAUGGUAGAUUAGACCUUCUCAAUUCCGGUGAGGGCUUCAGUGAUGUUUUUGAAGAGGAGAUCAACAUGGGCGAGUAUGCUGGGAGCGAUAAACUGUACCACCAGUGGCUCUCCACAGUCCGGAAAGGAAGUGGAGCAAUUCUGAAUACUGUAAAAACGAAAGCAAACCCAGCCAUGAAGACUGUCUAUAAGUUCGCAAAAGAUCAUGCAAAAAUGGGAAUAAAAGAGGUGAAAAACCGCUUGAAGCAAAAGGACAUCACCGAGAAUGGCUGUGUCCCCACCACAGAAGAGCAGCUGCCGAAGACGGCGCCGUCCCCACUGGUGGAGGCCAAGGACCCCAAGUUCCGAGAAGACCGGAGGCCAAUCACAGUCCACUUUGGACAGGUGCGCCCUCCCCGGCCACACGUCAUUAAGAGACCGAAGAGCAACAUCGCGGUGGAAGGCCGGAGGACGUCCGUCUCGAGCCCCGAACACCUCGUAAAGCCCUUGCGACACUAUGCUGUCUUCCUCUCCGAAGACUCCUCUGACGAUGAAUGCCAGCGGGAAGAGGGCCCGAGCUCUGGCUUCACCGAAAGCUUUUUCUUCUCCGCUCCCUUUGAAUGGCCGCAGCCGUAUCGGACACUCAAGGAGUCAGACAGCGCCGGAGACGAGGCGGAGAGCCCUGAGCAGCGAGCGCGGGAGCCUGUGGGCCCCACCCCAGCUCCGCCCGACCGGGCUGCCAGCAUCGACCUCCUGGAGGACGUCUUCAGCAGCCUCGACAUGGAGGUCCCACUGCAGCCGCUGGGGCAGGCCAAAAGCUUGGAGGACCUUCGGCCCCCCAAAGACCUGAGGGAGCAGCCGGGGACCUUUGACUAUCAGAGGCUGGACCUGGGCAGGAGUGAAAGGAGCCGUGGGAUGCCGGGAGCCUUGAAGCUCGCCCACCCACACAACAAGCUCUGGAGCCUGGGCCAGGACGACAUGGCCGUCCCCAGCAAGCCUCCUGCCACCUCCCCCGAGAAGCCCUCGGCCCUGCUUGGGAAAUCCCCGGCCCUGCCCAGCAGGCCCCAGAACCGGGACGGCAUCCUGAACCCCACCGACAAGGAGGAGGUGCCCACCCCCACUCUGGGCAGCAUCACCAUCCCCCGGCCCCAGGGCAGGAAGACCCCGGAGCUGGGCAUCGUGCCCCCGCCCCCCACUGCCCGCACGGCCAAGCUCCAGGCUGCCGGCACUGCCCUCGGCGACUUCUCCUCAGAGCGGCUGCAGGCGGAGCGGGAAAGGCGGGCUGCCCUGGGCUCAGCCGCGAUCCCCGGGCUCCACCCCAGCGCUGCCCCCCAAGACCCCACCGAACUGCUCCAGCCACUCAACCUGGCCCCGGAGGCUGCGGGCACAGGCAGUGAUGCCCUGCUGGCCCUCCUGGACCCACUUAGCACAGCCUGGUCAGGCAGUACCCUUCCACCAGGUCCUACAGCCCCAAAUGUAGCCACCCCAUUUACUCCCCAGUUUAGCUUCCCCCCCAUGGGGACCCCCACCCCAUUUCCACAGCCAUCACUCAACCCCUUUGUCCCAUCUGUGCCAGCGACACUGCCUGCCAUGCCCCUGGUCUCCACACCAGCUGGGCCUUUUGGGGCCCCUCCUGCUUCCCUGGGGCCUGCUUUUGCCCCCAGCCUCCUGCUGUCCAGUUCUGGCUUCUGUGCCCCACAGAGGUCUCAGCCCAACCUUUCUGCCCUCUCCAUGCCCAACCUCUUUGGCCAGAUGCCCAUGGGUGCCCACUCCCUGCAGCCCCUGGGUCCCCCAGCAGUCACCCCUUCAAGGAUCCGAACAUUGCCCUUGGCCCGCUCAAGUGCCAGGGCCGCCGAGGCCAAGCAAGGGCUGGCGCUAAGGCCUGGAGACACCCCACUCCUUCCUCCCAGAGCCCCCCAGGGCCUGGAGCCAGCGCUGCAGCCAUCUGCUCCACGAGAGGCCAGAGACCCCUUUGAGGAUUUGUUACGGAAAACCAAGCAAGAUGUGAGCCCGGCCCCAGCCCCCGGCUCAGUGGAGCAGCUCAGGAAGCAGUGGGAGACCUUCGAGUGAGCGGGCGCUGAGUGCUGGGGGCGAGCUGAGGCCCGGCUGCCCACUGCGGCAGCUCUGCGGCUGGCUGGCCCUGCUUCCCCUGCUGCUAUUUCUGUCCAGGUUCUACUGGUGGGAAGGGUUGGGAGCCCUCUCUGCUGCCCCUCCUCCUCUCCACACUGCCCAUCUCUGGAGAACGGCACCAGUUCCAGCCUGGGAAUCAACCCAGCUCCUGGGCACUUGUCCCGCCCUGCCACCACCCCUCCCCUGCACCCCUGAUUGGGUUUUGCACUAGAGAGGUCAUCUGGGCCGAUGAUUGCCCCAGACCCCAUCCUACCCAGCUUCCUUCUGGAAACUGCCCACCAGGAGCCCCACGCCGCCUCAGGAUGUGUCCUCCUGAGCCCUGUUCUCCUGCCCCAACUGCAGCCCAGCCCUGCACACCCCACCUUGAUGGGCGCAGGCAUUGGCAGUGCCCUCGGCAUGAGCUCGUGCACGAGACGCAAAUGGUUUGGAGUUUGCAGUAAGGAACCCCCCUCCCCGGCUGGAGGAGCUACUGGCAAGGCAUUUCCAAAUCCUCUCUAGCAAUAUGCACACUCGUUCUUUCCUGAGUCUUCACCCCAACCCCCAAACUUCGUUUUUCUGGCUUGGUAGGGACUUGGGGGCUGAGGCAUCCUUGCAAUCCCUCCCGGUAGCCAAAGCAAGCCCCAGGCAGCCCUGCGUGGGGCCCGAGAGCACCAGCAACUCUGAUCUGUAGACGACAAAACGGCAACAGGUAAAUCUGAGAGCACCAGGAGGGGUCAGGCUGCCGCCCCGCACUCUCCCUCUGGUCCCCACAGGUUCUCCUGGUCUUGAGUUACUGUCAAGCGGGACUCGGCCUCUUGCUGAGUGGGUCUAAGGGGGCAGAGUUGAGGAGCAGACACCCACAUUCCCACUGGAAGACCAGGCUUAGCACCACAGAGGUGCAGGAGUCCCAGCUGCCUGGCAGCUUGGGGCAGGAGGGCACCGAGCCCCUCUCCAGGCCCCUGGGGAGUGGGCGGGCCUGGCCUCUCGCACUUCUUGCAGCCUGGGGGCAGGAGAAGGGCUUGGAGCCGCCCCUCCCUAUUUCCCCGGAGGCCAGCCUCCCCAAAGCUAAGUUGAAACGUUUUGUUAUUGUUUCUUUUAUCUUUCUUUUCCUUUUUACUUUAUUGAUUUGAUGAAUCUUGAAAUUGACUAGUUUCAAUAAACCAAGUUAAAAUGUGGCCCAACCAUUUAAGAAAACAACCAUCUGAGACAUGCAGGAAAUUGGGAGCAUUUUGACCUCAUUUCUCAUUUCCUAUUUGUGAACGGUCAGACAUACAGUCUCAGGGGUGUCUGGCGGGGCAGGGGAGUUCCUGGAGACCUCGUAACCCCGGGGAGCCUGGUCAGCAUCCGAGGGGCUAGGAGUCCACCCCCUCAGGUUUGCUCUGACGCGGGGUGUGAAGAGCUGCUGGCCCAGCACGCAGCCCCUUCCUCCGUCAGUCAUAGCCCCUCGGGCAAGUCUUCUGUCUAAGUCUCGGCAGUGUCCUCUGGCUGCUGGAAGCGGGGGAGCCGUGUCAUGUCUGGGCCAUGUGGGCACCUCUAGGACACUCAGGUGUUUCAGUAGAGAUUCCAGAUCCACCCACCCUGGGCAGACCCCUGAGCCCCAUCAGGUAUAGGGUAGCCCACCCAGUGGGCAGAGUCUAAGGCAAGAGGUACCAGGUGGCCCCAGGGAAGCGGAGCCCACCCCCUGGUCUCCCUGGCUUGCUGGGGCCUGGUGGCAAGCGCUCCACAUUCACACGAGCACUGCUGUCUCUCCACUUGCUGGACUGAAUGUGAAAAUGCAAGGAUGAAUUGUGUGUGUGCGUUCAAUAAAAUCAUCUUGGGGAGAA